AUGAACACAAAGCCAGUUUUGUCCAUUUACAAGGGGAUACCGUACGCAGAGGCUCCGAUAGGCCAACUACGCUUUGCCAAACCACAGCCCAAACGGCCUUGGCUAAGUAACGGGACUGCUUUAGACGCUACCGAAUACGGCCCCAUAUGCAUCCCGGGCCUAUUUGGCCAGGGCAUGUACCGGACUCUCAGUGCUCAACCCCCGACGGUUUCGCAAUCCGAGGACUGCCUGACGUUGAAUAUCUUCGUACCAGACGCAGUGGUGGCCGAUGAGGGACCCCUGCCGGUCAUGGUUUGGAUUCACGGGGGAGGCUUUGUGACUGGGACCGGGUCGAACACCGACGGAAGCGUCCUAGCCGAGGUAGGACGAGUCCUAGUGGUGACACUCAACUACCGGCUUGGCGUGUUCGGUUUUUUCAGCACCGGCGACGAUGCUGCACCGGGUAACUAUGGUCUGUGGGACCAGCGGCUGGCCAUCAUUUGGGUCAAAGACAACAUUGCGAGUUUUGGAGGCGAUUCUGAGAGGAUAACCUUGUUCGGCCUCUCAGCCGGUGGCAAGGGGGUUGCAAUGCAGACAGCCACUCCGGUGAACAAUCGGACUUUGUUUAAGCGGGCGAUAUCACAGAGUGGCGCGACGGACGAUUCAGCAGUGAACUCUCCUGAGACUGCCGCUAUGCGUUCUCGUCAACUGGCUGACCUCCUCGGCUGCAGCGACUCAAUGUACUCUACACAUCUGGUGGACUGUGUGCGCAGAGUAAGUGCCAAAAAUCUCGCGGAGGCGUCGAACCAACUUCCAGUCGAGUUUGUCGAUUUCUCUCCUUUCUACCCGACCAUUGACGGCGAGUUUUUCCCGGACUACAUCCCCAACGUUCUGACUGCCGGCCAUUUGGGGCAGUACGACUUUCUGACGGGGGUGAACAGCAACGAAGGAACCCUGGCACAGUCCUCAGACAAGAUCCCCUCAUCCAUCGAAUCAUACGAGCAGGUGUCAGCUAUCAUAGAGGAGCUUUUGGUAUCUACUUUUUGCAAGUGUACCAACGCACGAGAAGCUGCUGAUGAGGUGGCAUUUUACUACACUUCCGAGCAAGGAUCCUCGGACGGGCGGCUCAACAGAGGGGCCAUCUUAGACGCCUUUGCUGAUGUCCUCUACACGGCCCCGUGCUUGAACAACGUGAAUCUCCAUGUCAAGGCAAACCUAACCUCAAGAGGCAGUACUUACCUCUACUUCUUCCCCUACAGACCCGAAGACGAACCCUCGUCAGAACCAGAUAUCAUAACAGGGGCUGGCCACGGUGCAGAGGUGCCUUACGUCUUCGGUGAUCAUCUUCGAGAUAGUCCAGGAACCGAGAAAGGGAACCUCAGUUCACUGAUAUUGAGGUACUGGGCAAAUUUUGCCAGGAAUGGAAAUCCAAACGAAGACGGCAUUCCUUACUGGCCACUUUACGACCUGGCAAACGAGUCAUACAUCAUCUUGCAACCAGAUAUUGAUAGAAGGCGGCGUCUACAGGCAGGACAGGUAGCUGCUUGGCUGGACUACCUGCCUCGCAUCAUUGACCCGUCUGACCCUAAUAAAUGUUCUCUAGAUGUACCGAUGCCGAGCUUGAACGUGAGCAAACACAACCGUACCAGGACGGUAGAGGUGACGAACAGAAAUGGCGAAAUGCUGGGUACUGUGGUUGGCGAGGUAAGGUUAUCAGACCAUGCCAUGGGUGGUCUACAGGUGGCUUGUUUUAUGGGGAUUCCUUACGCUGAACCUCCUGUUGGUGGCUUGCGAUUUAAGCCCCCGAAGCCAGCUUCCUCGUUGGGGGAGAAACCCCUCGAUUUGAGGGGGAAGGUACCAGCAGCUUGCCCACAAAAUACCACGAAAGAUCCUUGGAUGGCGCGAAUUGGCUUUAAUACAACAUCAGAGGAUUGCCUGACUCUGAAUGUCUACGCCCCGGUGGAUGGUGAAGAUGAUACCACGUUGCCUGUUGUGGUCAUGGUCCAUUCUGGAGACUUGAAGUCAGGGACUUCCUCUGUUUAUGAGGCAAAUCUACUGGCUUCUAUGUCCGAAGCUGUCGUGGUGUCUUUCAACUAUCGCCUCGGUCCGCUGGGGUUUCUCAGCACCGAAGAUGUGGUGUCUCCCGGUAAUUAUGGUCUCUAUGAUGCGCUCGCUGUGCUGCAGUGGGUUAACAAGUUCAUUGGAAGCUUCGGAGGAGAUCCAACUCAGGUGACCCUCCUUGGACACGGUGCUGGCUCCAUCCUGGCACACCUGCUUGUCAUGACGGACGAAACAACACGUGGACUCAUCAAGCGUGCCGUUUCCUUGAGUGGGACGGUCCUGAGUCCAUACAUGCAGAAUCCUGUCCAGUCUGCUCCUCUGGAUCGAGCAAAAGCUCUUGCCGAGAAAGUGGGCUGUACCACAGAGAAGUCGGAGGCGAUGGUUGAAUGUCUACGUCACAGGCCCGCUGCAGAUUUGGUUGAUAACACACCAGAGUUAUCUUUUAGUUUUCCGUUUCCAAUCGUCGUUGAUGGAAACAUUUUGAAGGAGUCUCCUAGUGAGAUUCUUCAGUCUGGAAUGUUCCAAGACGUCGAGUUUAUCUUUGGAAUAGUGCAGGAUGAGCAGGCAGCACUUGCAGCCUCUUUUCUCGAAGAUCCAACCAGAUGUCCUACUGAGGAAGAAGUGGAGCAGUUGAUUGGAACUAUCUGCAAGGAAUCCCUCCCAAACCCCGACGUGGCUUCGCUGGCCCUCACAACGGAGUACCUGGACAAUGGGCGGCACAAGCCAGAGGAUAAGAACUGUUCGACCCGAGGUGCCUUCAGGAGGUUUCUACACGACUACUUGACGGUAGCUCCAACUCUCCAAGCAGCCCUCCACCACGCAUCCACAGAAACGCCAGUCCAUCUAUACACUUUCGACCACAUUCCGAUGGAUCGCUACCAAGCGGGACUCCCACACUGGGCCGGCGCGGCUUUCGGGGACGAUCUCCAGUUCCUGUUUGGAGAACCGUACAGCUCUCAACCUCAAGGCGAGUCCCAGAAGUCGUACAGGCUCAAGGAUAAGAAAACAACCCUCGAACUGAUGUACUUGCUGUCCAACUUCGUCCACAAAGGAUCUGCGGGAGUUCCAAAGUCUGUGUUUGCCUGGCCUCACUUUGAGCGAUCAGAACUUUGCUAUCUUUCAGUGGACCCGUGCCCGGAAGCCCGCUCAGGUGUUGACGACGGUUGGAAACACAAGCUGCGCUUCUGGUCAGAGUUACUGGCGACCGUGGCAAAGCCUAGGCCGACACUUUCAGACACCACGUCCAUGCCAAGUGAUCCCGUAUGCAUCAUAGGCACCUUAGGUCUCGAAAUAUCCCCUGAGACUGCAAGCUUGCUGAUCGAGAUCCUCCUCGGUGUCAGUGUUGCGAUAUUUGCAAUACUGAUGACCCUUGCAUUCAGUGCUUGCUAG